AUGGGUGACAUUUCUGAGGUCUGGCACACAUGGGACUCACCCAUGGUCUACAGAGAGAAGCUAGGGCGACACAUGUUUCACACAGCCUUCACUCUAGAUGAAUCCACCAUGUGCGCUGACACGAGGGCAUGUUUCAAGGGCAUGCCUGUUCUUAAUUUGCACGGCGGUCGCUUUAACAGGGCUCACCACGCACUUGACUUCCACUUGAUCCUCCACCUUAAGGAAAGGGCUCUGCCACUAGACUCUGCCUGCAGUACCCAGGAAGCAAGCGCUACUCCUCAUGGAAGAGGAACCGGUCUAAACAGCGUCUGGGCGUGUGAACGUCAUCUGGGCGGGCGGUGGCGCAUGCGCAGGAGAAGGAGGUGCGCGAGCUGCGUGGGCUUGUGCCUAGGCGCUUGUGUUUCGGGGCCUUGUGGUGGCACCGGGGGAGCCGGGCUGGCGACUUUGGCACUCUUGGCGUUGGGUGGGCGGCACCUUGGGGGUCACAUGAGCCAGUGGCAUCAUGCCCGUGGGCGCCGGGGUCGGCGUCGCGGCUUUUCCGGACGUUCGUCGGCCAGGAGGAAGGGCGGAAAGCACAUCCCGGAAAGGUGGGAAGACUAUCUCCCAGUUGAACAGCGGAUGCCUGGGACGCGUUUCAUUGCUGUCAAAGUUCCUUUAAAAAAGAGAUUUGACAAGAAUCUUGCUCCAGAAGAAUGUUUCUCCCCCUUGGAUCUUUUUUAACAAACUCCAAGAACACAACGAAGAACUUGGGCUGAUUAUUGACUCGCCGCUAUUAUAAGCCAGAGAUUUUCCGUCCCAGCAUACUACAUACCCAUUAAGGCAUUGUUUCAUCUCAUGUUGGACCCACUCCCAUCCAGAGGCCUACUCUUUGCUAGUUCGCAUACUUUCUGGAAACCCCAUUAUGGCCAGGUCUGGACUUUUUUGUGUUCCCACCCAAAGCCUGUAUCUUUUAGCAAGCUGGAACUAUAAGACCAACAUAGAUUUUCUAGUUUCCGAUAGAUUUAUGUCACAAUUUGUACGUUGUCAUGUCUAUAGAUAUUUGUAUCAUUUGUACUUUUUGGCCAUUACAUGCCCAUUGGAUAUUUUUCAUAAAUUGCAAAAGAAUAUUUUAUGACUUAGCACCAAAUUGAAUGUGCCUAAUUGUAAGUUUGUAAACUAGGUUGUGCUAACUUGUAUCUUUUCUUUAUCCAAGUAGUAAUUGACUACUGUUGUCCCAUUUGUAAGUAUGUGGAAGUUUUCAGAAUUGUAAAUAAAUGCUUGUGGA